GGAACGUUGGGCGCUUUCAGCAGACAAAAAAACAAAAAAAAAACACCAAUUUAAGCAUUUUAAAUAUGAAUUGUUACUAGUGGAGUCAGUUUUGUGACAGAAAAAGUUUAAAAGCUCAAACGCCUGUUUUCUCCUGCAACGGAAGCCGGUAGAGCGACACUUACAGCUGAUCCCGCGCGGCAACUUCUUAAGGGGGCGUGUCCAUCACUCUUUUUCGUGAAACUUUGCCCGUUUUCUUUACUGCGGAGGAGACACUUGCUUCAGAGCGGAUGCAUGCGGCUGCAGUCCCCCGGUCCCAGCUCCGGUUUCGGCUCAGACGUGAGGAUGGACUCCUGUCACGUCUCCCUGCUGCUGUUCGUGUGGGCGAUCCCCGGUUUCCGGUCCGUUUACCCCCCAUCUGUCCAGAGGAGCAACACGGUGGCGGAGUUCCUGGACGCGUCCGAAUAUUUAAAAGACUUUCACUCGUCUUCUUCCCUAAACUUCAGACGUGCAUCCAAAGAGUCGGUGCAGCCUCACGACUACAUGCUGUCGAUUUAUAAAACCUUCUCCACAGCGGAGAAACUGGGACUCAACGCCAGCUUUUUCAGCUCCUCAAAGGCUGCAAACACUGUCACAAGUUUUGUGGACAGUGGGCAAGAUGACCUCCCACUCUCCCCUCUGAGGAGACAGCAGUAUCUGUUCGAUGUUUCAAGCCUUCCUAAAAAAGCAGAGGUGUUGGGAACAGAGCUCAGGAUAUACACCAAAGUGUCUGGGAAUUUCCAGAUUCCGGAAACGGAUCCUAUUGACAUCCAGCUCCUCUCCUGCCACGAUAAGCAGCUGCUCGGCUCCAAAACCCUGGACCUGCAGGACUCCAGCGGCCCGACGUGGAAGGUGUUGGAUGUGUUGAAAAUAUUCAAAGAGCACCGGGGGAAGCGCUUCUGUCUGGAGCUGAGAGCCGUGCUGGACAAGCCUGAGAGAGAACUGGACCUGCACCAUUUGGGCCUGCACCGGCACGGGAGGCCUCAGCUGAAGAAAGCCAUCCUCGUGGUCUUCACCAGGUCCAAGAUGAGGCAGAACCUCUUCAGUGAGAGGAGAGAGGGCAGAGCACUGCUGGACCUCCACAUGAGGACAAAAGAAAGGGGCCCCGGCACCACCGCCAGCAGGAAACGCAGGAGGGCGGCGCCCCGGAGCCGCCACGGGAAGAGGCACGGCAGGAGGUCCAAGUCCAGGUGCAGCAAGAAGCCGCUGCACGUCAACUUCCGAGAACUGGGCUGGGACGACUGGAUCAUUGCCCCUCUGGAUUAUGAAGCCUACCACUGCGAGGGUGUGUGUGACUUCCCUCUGCGCUCGCACCUGGAGCCCACAAACCACGCCAUCAUCCAGACUCUGAUGAAUUCAAUGAACCCCAGCAACAUGCCCCCCAGCUGCUGCGCCCCGUCCAAACUCAGCCCCAUCAGCAUCCUGUACAUCGACUCAGGGAACAAUGUGGUCUACAAGCAGUACGAGGACAUGGUGGUGGAGUCCUGCGGAUGCAGGUAGUGGCUCUGGGAGACAGGUGUGGAGGGGGGUGUCUUCAAUUAGUGGGAAUCUAACAGCAAAACCCUGAUGACCUCCACUAAAAACAUUGAUGAUGUCCGUCAGUUUAGAUCUAUUUAGUAUUUGUUGCACAGACUCACUGAUCUCUGAGAAAUUCUAUUUCCCUUAAACUCAUAAUUUCCUGCUAAUGUUCUUUUUGGAAAUUUGGAUUUGAUAUUUUGUGCACUUAUGCUGCAUUUUAAGCUGCAGAAUUUGUCCAAACUGAUGCAAAUGUCUCUUUUUUGUGUGUUUCAAUUACUAAUUUAAGAAAAAUAAGUAUUAUCUUUUCUACUUGGUGAAGUUUUGUUUUUUUUGGCUCAGGAGGGAGGUUCCACCUAAUUUAUUUUUUUUUUACAUCCUAAUCCAUGUCUAUAGUUUUUUGUGUCUAAAAAACAUUUUUAAAAAAAUCUGAGGAUCUCUGGAGAUGGUGAGGGACCAAAAAAAUGUGUUUAUUUAAAACAAACAUCUGUUUUAUUGUAAUGAAAUAAAGCAAACACAAUCCAUUGAUUCCAGGUACAGAUUUGGCACAGUUCAAACCACAGAGGAGGACACAUAACAAUGGAGAACAUGUACUCCACCCAUGGCAAAUUGUGGGACUCGGACUGGCUGUACUGAAAUUUAAAGCUCCACUCCAAUGAUAAUUGUGUUUUUGGUGUUUUUAACAUGUUCUUGUGGCGUUUUUCUUGUGAUGGAGGACAUAUAUAAAGAAAAUGAAGCCUAAUAUUGCAUUUCUGAGUAUUUCUUUAUUCAAAUUG